UUCCGGAGACCCGGUGAGCGCGGGAACCCUGGCAUGGAAGGGUGAGAGCUGCGAACGCCCACGCCAAACCUAACGGCCUGUGAGUACAGGACAGAGUGUGGGACGGACUGAUUGAAGUAUGGGACGACUGACAGAAUAUGGUGAUGAAGCUCUAACAUUUCUUCAGACCCAAUUCUGAGACUUGAGUCAUCCCUGUGACUCACUGAAUUCUUCUGCCCAAUGGCCAUCCCCAAGAGCUCUCUGAGCCCAGUACUCUGGGAACAGGAUAGCUUCCUGCAGGUGAAGGUGAAAGAGGAAGAAGCUAGCGACUCUCAGAGCCAGGAAUCCAGCCCUAGCUUUACUGCCCACCCUGAGGCUGCACGCUUGCGCUUCAGGCACUUCCGGUAUGAGGAGGCAUCCAGCCCCCAUCAGGCGCUAGCCCAACUGCGAGAGCUAUGCUGCCAGUGGCUGAGGCCAGAGUCGUCCUCCAAAGAACAGAUGCUGGAGUUGCUGGUGCUGGAACAGUUCCUGGGUGCGCUUCCCCCUGAGAUCCAGGCCUGGGUGGGUGCUCAGUGCCCAAAGAGUGGAAAGGAGGCCGCUGUUCUGGUGGAGGAUAUGACUCAACUGCUGGACAGGAGAGGAUGGGAGCCAGGAGUGGACCGUGAAGAGGCAAGUUGCAAACAGAGCAAUACAGAUGAAUUGGAGCCACCAGAAAUGGCCACUGAAACCAUCAUGGGAAGUGUUUCCCCAGAGUCUACCCUUGCCCAGACUUGUAAACCUGAGAACAGCUCAGAGAGCCAGCCAGAGCUCCUAGGAGCACUCUGGAUGAAGUCUACUGCCCAAGAGGUGGAUUUAAAAAAAGCUCUGGAGCCUCGCAUGGAUGCCCCCAAUGACCAGCCUGACCAUGAGUCUGAUGCCUCAGGAAAUGAUUGCAGUAUGUUGCCCAAAUUCCCUUCUGAAGACAAGACUUCUUCAGAGGAGAAAUGUGGCUCGUUACUUGAUAAUGAGACAGUGCCUCUAGAUACAUGUUCAGAGAAAAAGUCCUCCAAGGAUAGUGAAUGUAUGAGAACACUCCAGAACACGUCAGCCCAAGAGACCCACCAGAAGAACCACUCUCAGAAGACACCCUAUACCUGUAUUGAAUGUGGGAAGGUAUUCAGUCGGAGCACCCACCUUGUCCAACACCAGGUUGUUCACACAGGAGCAAAGCCCCAUGCAUGUAAAGAGUGUGGUAAAGCCUUCAGUCGAGUUGCCCACCUGACCCAGCACCAGAGGAUUCAUACUGGGGAGAAGCCUUAUAAAUGUGAGGAAUGUGGCAAAACCUUCAGCCGCAGCACCCACCUCACGCAGCAUCAGCGGGUACACACAGGCGAGCGGCCCUACGAGUGUGAUACAUGCGGCAAAGCCUUCAGCCAGAGCACCCACCUGACACAGCACCAGCGUAUCCACACUGGAGAGAAGCCCUACAGGUGUGAAGUGUGUGGGAAAGCCUUCAGUGACUGUUCAGCUCUGGUCCGGCACCUGAGAGUCCACUCCGGAGAGAAGCCUUACCGGUGUAAGGACUGCCCCAAGGCCUUCGCACAAAGCUCCUCCCUCAUUGAGCACCAGCGCACUCACACGGGUGAAAAGCCUUAUAAAUGCAGUGACUGUGGGAAAGCUUUUAGCCGCAGCUCAGCUCUCAUGAUGCACCUAAAGCUCCACAUCACCGUGUCUCGAAGCACCCCUUAGAGUACAGCACAGCCCCCUGAGAGGCUUGACGUCUAAGAAACCCUGAAUUCCACAAGAGCCAAAACCACCAUGGGCUGACAAUUGUGCUACCUAGUGUCUAAGGACAGAGUGGGGCUAUCUGGGAGCACCUCUACAUUUGAGGUCCCAGGGGAAGUCCCCUAAUGAACACAGAUUCAGACCAAUUGGUGAAGCUUCCUACUGCCCUCCAUAUCCCACUCAGGCUGGUCCCAGAGAGAAGAUACUAGUGAACUAAUGAUCUGCAUUGUUUCUUGGAACCAGAUCAAGUAAAGCCAGGUGUCUUUCCAGGCUCAGAUGGCCCAAGAUCCUCUAGGCAGGAAGACCCAAGCUUCAGGUUCUCACACGGCUACUGUUCUUGCCAGUUCAUUUGAUGGUCAGCCUAGAGUGGCCCACUCUGUGCCUUCAUACCUGCUUCCCCACUGUAUUACUUUAUGACUGACUCCAAGACAGACUUGUGAGGGUGCCUCUCCAUGCCAUCCCUCUCAUGUUCUCCCUGCUUUAAUCCAUAGUGAUGCUUAACACUUGCCCAGCAUCUGUCUUUUCCUCCUACGUCUCCCUUCCACAUCUCACAGGCUCCAGCCCUGUGGAUUCACCUCAGGCUCAUCUCUAACCCAGCCACUCCUCCAGCAUCAUCUCCUGUGAGCUUACCCUGCCCCCCAUUGGAUUUUUAUCAGGGUUCUCCUUUCUCACCUCUUUAUUCCUGGCCCAUCUCUUUUUGCUACCCAGAUCACAGUGAGUCAUUCCAUGACAUAAUAUGUUGUCAGUGAGUCACCUCUUCAACAAACAAGCAUGCCGGGAUACGUGUCACUUUGACCCAAGCAAUUACUCUAGUUAUCCUCAAAUGUGUGUAUAAAUGUUGUCAUAUGUCUUUGAGCACAGUGUGUGAAAGUGAUUUCAAGUACUGGUCUGCCUAUUGGGCAAACUACUCCUUGUCUGUUAUUUGUUUGCUCUAGUCCUGGCCUCCUCUUGCAUUUUCCACUCCUUGUAGCCUCACCUCCCACAUGCCGGCCAUACUUUCUCCCACCUGUGUGCCUAUCUGCCCCUAGAACCCUGAGGCCUUUCCUCUUUGAUGUCUCAGACACCAUUGAAAAGCUUCCCCAAACACUUUGACCUGACCUUAUCUUGCCUGAGACUCUCUUGCUGCUAGGGUACCCCAUUAUUAAUGUCUUAAACCUCUUACUAUGUUAUUGUGCUUGCACUUCUUACACAAUGCAUAGGCCAGCGCUCCCAAAGUAUUUUAUACUGUGGACACGGAGCAUAAGAUGCAGCAAAACCCCUUCCCGAUGUCUCUAGGAUGUGUAUAAUCAAUACCUUCCUUGGGUAGCCACUGUCCUCCACCCCAUGUUUUCUUCAUAAAGACAUUUAUGGAAGAGCCCCUGUGCCCAUAUAAGUCCAUCUGUAGUGGUCAAAAUAAAACAUGGCUUUACUGAGCCUUCCUUGCCUCCAGUCCUAAAGUCCUGGGUACCAUAGACUUAAGGGACUCUGCCAAUCCUAAAAUCAUAACCUGUUUACUUUGCCUGCCUUCCUUUCCCUCAGAAAGAUAAUCCCCUGGCUCCUGUACCUCCUGACUAAUAUGGGUGAUUUCACAAGGUUCUCAGUCAUGGAUCUACAUAAGCUACUGUAUCUACGUCUAUUAGCAUAAUACAUUGUUUUCCUGAA